CCUUGUUUGAUUGUAGACGACGCAGAUGACGCAGUGAGGACUCCAGUGAAGAUGGCUCCUUUUCCAGACGAGGUGGAUGUGUUUACUGGCCCACACUGGCGAAUGAAGCAGCUGGUGGGCCUCUAUUGCGAUAAGCUGUCAAAGACCAACUUCUCCAACAACAAUGACUUCCGCUCCUUUCUUCAGUCACUGUGCGCCACCUUUAAGGAGUUCAAGAUGCAUGAACAAAUUGAGAAUGAGUACAUUAUCGGCCUGCUGCAACAGCGUUGCUGCACUGCCUACAAUGUACAUGCCGACAACAAACUUUCAGAAAUGCUGUCCCUCUUUGAAAAAGGGCUGCAUAGCAUUAAGAGUGAAUAUGAGCAGCUUAACUAUGCCCGGCAGCUGAAGGAGAGACUAGAGGCUUUCACACAAGACUUUCUGCCCCACAUGAAAGAGGAAGAAGAGGUGUUUCAGCCCAUGCUUAUGCAGUACUUCACCUAUGAGGAGCUGAAGGACAUAAAAAAACAGGUGAUAGCGCAACACUGCAACCAACAGCAACCGGACUGUGCUGCUGAGGUGCUGAAGGGUUUCAGUUUGUGGUCGCAGGCAGAGGAGCUGCAAAAAGCCUUUAAAUAUGCUGAUCACGAAAAGACAGAUUAUGAACUGGACAAGAACAGGAAUUCUUCAACCUACAUCUCCCAGCUUCCUACAGAAAUUGUGUUGAGGCUGUUCCGUUAUUUGGGCCCCGAUGAUCUGUGUCGCUGCAGUCAAGUGUGCAGCUCAUGGUCACAGUUGGCCAAGACUGGCUCUUUGUGGAGGCACCUCUAUCCUGUUCACUGGGCCAGAGGCGAUUAUUAUUGUGGCGCCCCCGGGGAUCUUGACCAGGAGCCAGACGAAGCAUGGGUGAAGAGUCGGCAGAAUGAGGGACGUGCCUAUCAGGAAUGGGAUGAAGAUGCUGAUGUUGAUGAGUCAGAUGUAUCGGGUCACAAAGAAGGCUCUCUUGCAAUUAGCACUGCUCAGAGAGAGAAGAGGCUCCUGAAUGGGAUUAUCCAGAACCUUCUUCCAGCUGUGGGUCUAUCUGUAAAGUCCAUUAUUUUGGCAUAUAGCUCUACAGUCUCAAGCAAAAUGGUUCGUCAAAUUCUCAGCCUCUGUCCCAACAUCACUCAUCUGGACCUGACUCAGACUGAUGUUACAGAUUUAGCAUUUGACAGCUGGUCAUCUCUCGGAGCUUGUCGCUCUCUGGUCCACCUGGAUUUGUCGGGGUGUGAGAAGAUCACUAAUAACACCCUGCAGAAGCUCUCUGUUGGGCUGGGUGACCUCACAUCUUCAAAUUGCUCAGACAAACGUUUGGAUCGACAGGCUAAACUACUUAAAAGUUCCCCAGUACCCAUCAUGCUCAGGGAUGAGAGGAACCUGCAUGCAGUGGGACGAAAGCGGCCCGCCAUCAUUUUCAAGCAUGGAACUGGCCGUUGGGGUACUGCCUGCAUCCCAACACAGGUUUGGGUCCUGGACACUUCCAACCUUGGUGAUAUUGAAGAUGCUGCAGAGUGGAGCCGCCAGGGUGAAAUGUCUCUCCCCGAAAGCUUUGUUGAGACCCAGUUUGUGGGAGGUUCAUGCUGUUGCAGGAGGAGCAGGAGGCGCGGGAACAGGACAGGCUCAGAUGCCUCCUUUUUGCAUCAGCAGUAUGCCAUCUCUGGGGAAAUGUUCUGUGGUCACUCCAGCUGCUGCUCUAAUGACAUGGCCCUCAGGACUUUUACAGGGGCCCAAAGUGACUCAGGCAUCACAAGAAGCAGCACUGCAGAUUUUCGGACUAAAUGCUCCCCACUAGGGGGGUUGCAGUGUCUGCAGCCUGCAAACAGGACUGACUGCUUAGAGGCAAAACGCACACUGAAAUUUCUCAGUCUCUCUGGAUGUUAUCAAGUCACUGACCUGGGCUUGAGGGCCUUGUCUCAGCGCGGAGGACUUCCUGUCCUGGAGCAUCUCAACUUGUCUGGCUGCCUCUUCAUCACUGAGGUGGGGCUGCAGGAGCUAGUGUCAGCCUGUCCUUCCCUCAAUGAUGAACACUUCUAUUACUGCGACAACAUUAACGGUCCUCAUGCAGACACAGCCAGCGGCUGCCAGAACCUGCAGUGUGGUUUCAGAGCCUGCUGUCGCUCUGGAGAGUGACCCUGCCCAGCUCCACUCUAAAAUCUCUCUUCUCCCUAUUCUUGCACUUUAUCCUGGGAAUACCAUUUGCUGUAUUUUGUGUCACUUAAAAAUGUUUCUUGAUGAAACUGUAAUUUUGCUCCUGCUAUUUCCACAUAUAUUUAGUGGAAAUAAUCGUUUAGAUAAGGAAAAAAACGAUGGGGGUGGUAAUGGGUUUCAAGUGUGUGCAAAAUAUAAUUUCUUUUUUUUGUUGUUGGUUUUGAAAAAAGUAAGAAGGUAGAAAAACAGGAAUACCAAGUACAAAGUUUUCUGUAGUGAAGCCAUGUUUUUCUUUUUGUCUCAAAUUAUUCAAAGUUCUAUUCAAGUCUCUUUCCUUGACAUAAUCAGCAUAGUUAACUGUAGGAUCAGAGUAUUUUCUUUUUUCUCCCCUCACUUUUAUAGCUGGUUGGAGUGGGUGUUGUGGAAAAUUUAACAGAUGCUCCUUUUGAUUGAAACCGUUUCCAAAAGUUGACAGUUGUAUGAUAAAGCAACUUUUAACUGUUCUGGGCUGCCAGGCUUUGAUGUUAAGCUCAUAAUCAGUUACCUGAUUUUACAUCAAACUGAUAAUCUUUUGAGCUCAAGUCAGUCUGGUGGAGAACACAGAUUAGAAGGUCUUGACCUGGGCAGUACAAACAUAGGAAUUGGUAUGAUAUAGCAGUAUAGAUGUAGGUGUUUGAUUCAGAGUUGUGAAACUCAGUGUUCAGUCUCCAUACUUUAUGCACUCCAAUGGACAAAAAACCCCACAAAUGUUCACUGACUAGAGAUCCGAUGUGUUCAACUCUGAAAACCUUGUAGAGCUGAAGGCUGGGCUGAGGGGUUAGAAUAAUUACUGUCACACUGGAGUCCUACUGUGUACAUUACUGCUUUAUCAUAUCUCAGCAGGAAUUAUUUCCUUGUUCUAAAGUCUUGCAUGAGCUCUACUGCAAAUGUUCAUUUCAUAAGAAUAAAAACGACUUGGACACA